AUGCGCGACUAUGGCCUCGCCGCGCCUCACGGACCAAAUAUGGGCGGCGAGCACGUUGCAACCCAAGACUUCACCAGCAUGCAAGCCAACGAAGCCUCCGUCUUCCGCAGCUUGCUCCUUCCUGACGACAGCUACAACGAGGACGGCGUCUACUGGGCGGAUAUGCCAAUCGGAAAACGCAUCGCUUUCGUUAACAAAGUCGACUCUGCCGAGGCGAAGAAGGAGUUGAAGUCGAUUGGAAGCAUGAUGAAGGCGGAUCCGUUGAGUCCGGUGUCGUACUAUUUCCGAAAUAUGAUCAUUCCUGGAAUGGGUCUCCUGCUCGAAGGCUACGUUCUCUUCUCCAUCGGCAACGUCAAGCCAUUGUUCGCCGCCGCAUACCCCCAGUGCUGGGGCAAGACACCAACAGCUUGCAAUGAGACCUGGGUUCAAUCUGUCGAUUACCUCGAGAUUUGCGGAAUUAUCGUCGGUCAGAUCUUGGUUGGUGUUCUAGGUGAUUGGCUGGGUCGUCGGUGGGGUCUCAUUCAGGAUGCUAUCAUCAUGUUCUUGGGAUUGGUCAUGCUCACGGCAUCGUGGGGUCUUUCUCUGAACGGCUGGGUCGUUUGCUACGUCUGGUCGCUCUUCUUCUACGGCAUCGGUGUUGGUGGAGAGUACCCCAUGACUGCCACCUCUGGCAUGGAAAAUGCUGUUGGCGCGGGCAAGGUGUCCACUCGCGAAGAUCGCCUGCACCGUGGUCGCAAGGUCACUUCUGCUUUCUUGAUGCAAGGCUGGGGUCAAUGGUUCAACCAGGUCAUCCUCAUUCUCCUUCUCCUCAUCUUCCACGGCGGCACUUCCAGCCCUCCUUACGGCCAAACCCUCGUACAAUGGACCUACCGCGUAUCCUUUUUCAUUCCAGCCGUCGGCACUCUCUGGCUGGUCUACUACCGUACAUAUAAGAUGAAAUCGGCCUCCAAAGUCCUCCAACAAGCCAAGAAGAAGAGCUCCGUCACUGGAUACGACACGAAGUCCCUCGGCCUGACCUUUUCCUACUUUGGCGGUCGCAUUCUCGCCACCGCAGGCACGUGGUACGCCAAUGAUGUCUUCUUCUACGGCAACAAGCUCUUCCAAGCCGAGUUCAUCAACACCAUCACCGGCGGCACAAAAAACGUGAUGACGACCUGGCUGUGGAAUUUGGUCAACAUUGGCGUCUCCCUCGUUGGAUACUACCUCGCCUCCUUCCUCAUCGACAACAAGAACUACGGCCGCAAAUGGAUGCAAAUCAUUGGAUUCCUCGGCGACUUCAUCUGCUUCGUCAUCCCAGCGUUCAACUACACCUACUUCGCCGAAGGUGCCGGUGUCCACGCUUUCAUGGCCAUGUACUUCCUCUCGUCGUUCUUCAACCAAUUCGGCCCCAAUUCCGUUACCUUCCUCGUCGCAGCCGAAGUCUUCCCCACGCCCGUCCGUGCAUCCGCACAUGGCUUCUCCGCCGCAAUGGGUAAAGCCGGCGCCCUCACCGCCGCCGUGCUGUACAACUACAUCGACGUUCCGACCCGAUUCCUCGUCGUCCCAUGGUUCGGUCUUGCCGGUGCGAUCCUCACCUAUGUCUUCCUCCCCGACACGACCGGUCUGGAUCUGAAGGAACAAGAACGUCGCUGGGCCUACAUUCGCUCCGGACGGGAGAAAGAGUACCACGGCGUCGCCAUCCACCCGCAACACUUAUCAUUAUGGGAGAGAAUGCGGGGCAUCGGAAAGGGCUACGAUGCCGAUCUGGACUACAAGCAACGCGUGGAGGAGAUGCGCGCAGAUUGGGAGGCAGCGAUGGCGAGGAAUGCGGCGGAGAAGGAGGCACAAGAGGCGGGCAGGGAUGAGAUGGAGGACGAUUGGAGUUCGGAGGUCAGCACGUUCUUCGAGAGAACGAGGGGCAAGAAGAUUGCAAAUGCGCCGAUUGUAACGUUGGAGGGUAACGGACAUGGAGCGAAGACGCAUGGCAAUGGCAAUGGAAAUGGGUCGAUCGAGGAAGAGAAGUUUGACGGGAAGGGAGUCAAGGGAUUAUGA